AUGGUUCAAGACAACAAACACCAGACCAGAGACAACAUGGUUCAAGACAACAAACACCAGACCAGAGACAACAUGGUUCAAGACAACAAACACCAGACCAGAGACAACAUGGUUCAAGACAACAAACACCAGAUCAGAGACAACAUGGUUCAAGACAACAAACACCAGACCAGAGACAACAUGGUUCAAGACAACAGACACCAUACCAGAGACAACAUGGUUCAAGAUAACAGACACCAAACCAGAGACAACAUGGUUCAAGAUAACAAACACCAGACCAGAGACAACAUGGUUCAAGAUAACAGACACCAGACCAGAGACAACAUGGUUCAAGAUAACAGACACCAGACCAGAGACAACAUGGUUCAAGAUAACAGACACCAGACCAGAGACAACAUGGUUCAAGAUAACAGACACCAAACCUGA